AUGCUUAACUUUCUGACUCCUUUUGAGCUCCCAGGUGCACGUCAACUGCCGAGCAUCUCUCGGCCUUGGAGCCUGUCAUGUGUACAGCGAGCGUUUCCUUUUCGCAGAAGUCAGAGAAACAACAGCUUUAAAGUCAGCCGGCUCCUUCCCACCUGGCCCUGGAGCGCGCUGCCGUCGCGGAGGCGGCCCGCGCGGGCGCCGGCAGAGCAGCCGGCCGCCCGGGGCGGCCAGGGAGCGAGGACACGGGGGCGGCUGCCUUCCGAGGGAAGAGCCGUGACACGGGAGCAAGCGUGGCCUGAGGCGCGACCACCCGCGACCACCCGCGACCACCCGCCCGCCAUCUGCCAUGCGGAGGCACAACUGACUCAGGAGGCUUCUCGCGGACGGCGCUGCGUCAUUCGGUUUUCGCACCUCCAAGACUGUGAGCUAAAUAAACCUCUUUAUUUUUCUGACCUUAGCUCCGUCGAGUAUUUCAUUAUAGUGAUGAAAAGCCAGCUCACACACAUCCCACGGGUGAGGGCGGAAGUGGGUCUCACUCAUUCUUGCCUGUGCGCGCUCUGUGCUAAAGCAGCAUUCAAUAGAGGGCGCUGGAGCCAGGCUCGCUGCCCUGGGAGUCUGAGUUUUCCACCGACUUUUGUACCAGGUACUUCAAAAGGACUGGGGGAAAAUGGAAUUCAAAGGUAAUGCACUUUUCCCACGAUUUUUUUUUUUAAGAUUUAUUUUAUUUAUUUGAAAGAUAGAGUUACAGAGAGAGGUGGAGGUCUUCCAUCCACUGGUUCACUCCCUAGAUGGUCGCAAUGGCCAAAGCUGCACCUAUCUGAAGCCAGGAGCCAGGAGUUUCUUCCAGGUCUCCCACGUGGGUGCAGGGGCCCAAGGACUUGAGCCAUCUACUACCGCUUUCCCAGGCCAUAGCAGAGAGCUGGAUCGGAAGUGGAGCAGCCAGGACUCAAACCGGCGCCCAUAAGGGGUGCCAGCGCUUUAGGCCAGGGCUUUAACCCACUGUGCCAUAGCGCAGGCCCCACCCCCACGAACUUUUUGAAUACUCAUAUUUCACAGAUUUGCUUAUCUCACUUUAAUAAUGAGGAAACUGAGGUAAGGUGAUUCAUUCAACAGAGAAGUGCCGAGAGCCAAGGGGCUGUUGGCAGUAGUGUAGGGGUAACCAUCUGUGCACUCACACAGCUUCACCCUAGUGUGAAGAGACAACAACAAACGAAGAUGGAAGAUGCAUAGGAUGUCGUUAAUCGGUGCUACGGGGAAAGGGAGGCUGGAAAGAGGCUUUCUAAAGGGAAGGGUCAGGGCAGGAGUUGGGUGUGGCACCGUGGGCUAGGCUGCCACUUGGGAUGCCCGCAUCCCACAUCAGAGGGCCUGCUUUGAGUACUUGCUACUCCUCUUCUGACCCAGCUUCCUGCUACUGUGCCUGGGAGGCAGCAGAUAGUGGCUCCUGGGCUCAAGUCCCUGCCACCCAUGUGGGAGACCCUGAUUGAGACCCUGAUCCCAUCUGCUGGCGUGGGUCUGGCCCAGCCCCGGCUGUUGUGGGCAU